AUGGUUCGAUCUCCACUGCCUGCAAACUUUUUUGUUUUUUCAAAAUUUAGCAAUCUCAAGACCAUGGUUCGACCCCCGGUGAGUGCAAAACCAAUUUUUUUUGUUUUUUUUUUAUUUUUUCAAAACAAAACGAUUUUGAAAGGGUAAUCCCAUGAAAAAUAACAACUUUCACAUUUUCGCUUUUUUUUUUUUUGAAAAAAAAACCUUUCAAAAUUUUUCGGGUCCCAAGAGAAGGAGACCGGAAUUUUUCACUUUGCUCUUUUUUUUGUGCUCCGCAAGUGAUUUUUUCCGAAAAAUUUGAUAAAGAGCCUAUAAAAUCAAGCUUCUUAUCAAUUUUUCGGUCAUUUUUUUGUGACGAGACGAUUUUUUUGCCACGUGGAGCAAAAAUUGAGAAAAAAAAAGUUAUUUUUUUGAUUUUCAAAAUUUCCCGCCUUGAAAAUUUGAGCGGGAAAAUUGAAAAUUGAAAUUUCUGAAGUCAUGUUUUUCCCACGUGGCAAUAAUUUUUUAAAAAUUCAAAUUUCCCGCCUCGAAAAUUUGAGCGGGAAAUUUGAAAAUUCAAAUUUUUGCAGUCAUUUUUUCCCACGUGGCAAUAAUUUUUUCAAAAAUUCAAAUUUCCCGCCUCGAAAAUUUGAGCGCGAAAUUCAAAAAUUCAAAUUUUCCAGGCAUGACUCAGGCUAAGGAAAAUCGAGCUUUCGAAUUUGACGCGGCGAGCCGGCGGAGCUCAAAAUGCUCCAAAUCGUCCGUGGACAUGUCGAGGCCGUUUUUCAACCCAACAGGUCGGUUUUGGCGCCAAAAAUGGGGAUUACUGUAGAUUUUGGCGCGAAAAAUCCCGUUUUUCAGGUCUGAAUUGGUUUGUGACGGGACUUUUUGUGGUGGGAGAUUUGGCGGGUGGUGGAUUGGUGGCUCUGCCAACAGCCAUUAUUCAGUCUGGUAAGUCUGGGCUUUUCUAGGCCCCUUCAGGCCUUUCCAGGCCCUCUUUAGGCUCAUUUUAGGCCUGAUUCCAAAAAUUACGAAUUAUCAGCAAAAAGAGCACAAAAAAGUGCUCUUUUUCAUUUUUUGAUAAGAAAAACCCGAAUUUUUUGAGGGAUUAUUGAAACAAGGAAAAUUUGGUUCUUUUUAUCAAGCGGGAAAAAAUUUCGAAAAAAAAUUCUGCAGGCACCGGGGAUCGAACCCCGGGCUAUUUCCUGUUAAUUUUUCAAAAAUUCCAAGUGUUUUCUGGUUUCUCAAUGGAGCGCAUUUGUGAUUUUUCUCUAAAAAUUGCGAAUUUUGCAGAUGCGCUCUAUUGAGAACUCGGAAAAACAUGGGAAAAUUCAAAAAAUUAGCAGGAAAUAGACCAGGGUUCGAUUCCCACUGCCUGCGGAGAUUUUUGAUGAUUUUUUAGCAAAUGCGCUCUAUUGAGGAAGGGGAAUAAUUAUGGGAAAUUCAAAAAAUUAACAGGAAAGGGGGCUGGGUUCGAUCCCCGGUGCCUGUAGAGAUUUUUGAUGAUUUUUUAGCAAAUGCGCUCUAUUGAGAAAAGGGGAAAAACAUGGGAAAAUUCAAAAAAUCAGCAAGAAAAGGGGCUGGGUUCGAUCCCCACUGCCUGCGGACUCUUUUAUUUUUUCGAAAUUCAGCAAUCUAGGGACCAGGGUUCGAUCCCCAGUGCCUGCGGAGAUUUUUUAUUUUCUAGUCUAACAUGAGCAAUGCUCAAAAUGCUCCAAAUUUCUUACAGAAUUCUACCCCGGCCUCAUAAUGUGCUCAAUAAUGAUAAUUGUGGUAACCUACACGGCCUACGUGCUCGGCCUAAGUUGGAAUAUUCUCCUGGACACUUGGCCUGAAUACCGUCAUCAUUGUCGUAAACCAUAUCCGGAGAUCGGAGCCCGUGCUAUGGGUCCAUUUGUCGGAAGUCUUGUCUCGGCUUGUAUCGAUGUUACUCAAUUCGGAAUCGCUGUUGUCUAUUUGUUGUUGGCCUCGAAGAAUAUUCAGAAUAUGAUUAUGGCUUUUUGGGGAGUCAACAUCACUUUUUGUGUGUUGGUAUUGAUUGUUGCCGCUUGCCUGUUGCCCAUCACGUUUUUGAAGAGUCCACAGGAUUUUUGGUGAGUUUGGGAGCUUCUGGGGGGCUUUUGGGGGGCUUUUGAAGGGCUUCUGGGGGGCUUUUGGGGGGCUUUUGGGGGGCUUACAGGGCUUUUGAGAGGCUUGCAGGGCUUUUGAGAGGGCUUUCAGGGCUUUUGAGAAUCCUAGAGGGCUCUUGAGAGGCUUGCAGGGCUUCUAGAAGAGCCUAUAGGGCUUUUAAGGGGCUUACAGGGCUUUUGAGAGGCUCACAGGGCUUUAGGAGGCUUACAGGGCUUUUGAGAAGCUUACAGGGCUUUUGAGAAGCUUACAGGGCUUUUGAGAAGCUCUCAGGGCUUUUGAGAGGCUUACAGGGCUUUUGAGAGGCUUACAGGGCUUAUGAGAGGCUUACAGGGCUUUUGAGAGGCUUACAGGGCUUUGAAGAAGCUCACCGGGCUUCUAGGAGAGCCUACAGGGCUUUUGAGAGGCUUACAGGGCUUUUGAGAAGUUCACCGGGUUUUAGGAGGCUUGCAGGGCUUUUGAAAACCUUACAGGGUUUUGAAGAAGCUCACAGGGCUUUUGAGAGGCUCAUAGGGCUCUAAGAAGGCUUACAGGGCUUUUGAGAGGUUCACAGGGCUUUGAAUAGGCUUGCCGGGCUUCUCAGAACCUCAGAGGGCUUUUAAGAAUCCUAGAGGGCUUUCGAGAAGCUUACAGGGCUCUCAAAAAGCUCACCGGGCUUCUAGGAGGGCCUAUAGGGCUUUUAAGGGGCCCAUAGGGCUUUUGAGAGGCUUACCGGGCUUCUUAGAGGGCUUUUGAGAGCUCUUAAGGCCCCUAAGGCCCCCAAAGCCCUUAAGGCCCUUAAAUGCUCUAGAAGUCUCCUUAUUUCCCAGAGCCAAAGAUCAGACUUCAACAAAAAAACGAUUUCUUAUCAUUUUCAAAAAUUGUUUCGCAAAUACUUCAAAAAUAAUCCGAUUAUUUCGGAGAUUUAUCAUUUUUACAUCAUAAUAGUGAGGAAAUACGAAAAGGGGCCUAAAAUGGGCUUAGGGGACUUACAAGGCUCAAAAAUCCUAUUUUAGGCCCAGAAAAGCCCCCUAAAGCCUAAUUUUUGCAGGUGGGCCGUGGUGAUUGCAAUGAUGACAACUUCAGCCGCUGUGAUUAUGAUUAUUGUUGGAAGUAUUAUUGAUCUACCGACUUGCAGUCCAAUCAAGUAAGAGGGCUCUAAUAUGAGCAAUGGGUCGGAAAAUUUGGGAAAAAAUGAUGUUAGAGAAGGUUAACCUGAGCAAUGCUUCUAAAUUUUGGAAAAUAUGGAUUAACCUGAGCAAUGGUUUUAGAAUUCUUUAGGAUCAGUAUAAUCUGAGCAAUGCCUUAAAAAUACCAUAAUAUGAGCAAUAGCCAAAUUUCACCAAAAAUCACGAUUUCUAGCUCAAAAUUCUUCAAAAAUCACGAUUUUUGGCUCAAAAUUCUUCAAAAAUCACGAUUUCUAGCUCAAAAUUCUUCAAAAAUCACGAUUUUUUGGCUCAAAAUUCUUCAAAAAUCACGAUUUCUAGCUCAAAAUUCUUCAAAAAUCACGAUUUUUGGCUCAAAAUUCUUCAAAAAUCACGAUUUCUAGCUCAAAAUUCUUCAAAAAUCACGAUUUUUGGCUCAAAAUUCUUCAAAAAUCACGAUUUCUAGCUCAAAAUUCUUCAAAUUUUGUGAAAUUUCCACGAAUUUCCAGACAAAUGCCACCCUUCACCAUCACCAACAUUUUCCUGGCCAUGGGAACUUUCUUGUUCUCCGUUGGUGGACACUCAGCGUUUCCCACAAUUCAACACGAUAUGAAACAUCCGAAAGAGUUCACCAAAAGUGUGGCGUUGGCGUUUUCCAGUGAGUUUUUUGGGCUCCGCGACCGAAAAUUUCUGAAAAUUCGAAAAAUUUGGGUCCUGGAGCGAUUUUUGAAGCUUCAAAACCAAAAAUUUCUGAAAUUUCCGAUUUUUUGGGUCCUGGAGCGAUUUUCCAAGCUCUACAACCAAAAAUUCCUGAAAAUUCAAAAAAUUAGGGUCCUGGAGCGAUUUUCGAAGCUCUAGGCCCAGAAAUUCCUGAAAAUUCCAAAUUUUUCGGUCCUGAAGCGAUUUUCGAAGCUCUACAACCAAAAAUUUCUGAAAAAUCAGGAAAUUUGGGUCCUGGAGCGAUUUUCGAAGCUUUAUAACCAAAAAUUUCUGAAAAUUCAAAAAAUUUGGGUCCUGGGGCGAUUUUCGAAGCUUCAUAACCAAAAAUUCCUGAAAAUUCGAAAAAAUUGGGUCCUGGAGCGAUUUUUGAAGGUCCACAACCAAAAAUUCAUGAAAAUUCAGGAAAUUUGGGUCCUGGAGCGAUUUUUGAAGGUCCACAACCAAAAAUUCAUGAAAAUUCAGGAAAUUUGGGUCCUGGAGCGAUUUUUGAAGCUUUAUAACCAAAAAUUUCUGAAAAUUCAAAAAAUUUGGGUCCUGGAGCGAUUUUCCAAGCUCCACAACUAAAAAUUCCUGAAAAUUCGAAAAAUUUGGGUCCUGGAGCGAUUUUUGAAGCUCUACGAUCAAAAAUUCCUGAAAAUUUAAGAAAUUUGGGUCCUGGAGCGAUUUUCCAAGCUUCACAACUAAAAAUUCCUGAAAAUUCGAAAAAUUUGGGUCCUGGAGCGAUUUUCGAAGCUACUGGACCAAAAAAAUCGAAAAAUUCAAAAAAUUUGGGUCCGGGAGCGAUUUUUGAAGCUCUACGAUCAAAAAUUCCUGAAAAUUUAAGAAAUUUGGGUCCUGGAGCGAUUUUCCAAGCUUCACAACUAAAAAGUCCUGAAAAUUCGAAAAAUUUGGGUCCUGGAGCGAUUUUCGAAGCUACUGGACCAAAAAAAUCGAAAAAUUCAAAAAAUUUGGGUCCGGGAGCGAUUUUUGAAGCUUCAAAACCAAAAAUUCCUGAAAAUUCCGAUUUUUUCGGUCCGGGACCUUGAAUUCCAGCCAAAACUUCAUAUUUUCAGUCAUGGCUUGUAUGUACAUCCCAGUUUGUAUUAUGGGUUAUGUGGUGUACGGUGAUUCGCUACGAGACUCCAUAAUUCCGUCGAUUCAAACAGUUUGGAUUCAGCAGGUUAUUAAUAUUCUGAUCACUGUUCACUGCAUUUUGACAUUGACUAUUGUUUUCAAUCCAUUGAAUCAGGAGGUUGAGGAGUUCUUUGAUGUGCCUCAGAGUGAGUUUUUUGAGAUCGGGAAGGGGAUUUAGAGCAUUUUGAUAUCGAAUAUGAUAAGGCUCGGCUGCUUGACAGCAAAUAUCACAAGGCGAUGAUCCUUGACAGCAAGCUCCUCAAGGCUCGGCUGCUUGACAAGCAUGUUCUCAAGGCGCGGAUACUUGACAAGCAAGCUCCUCAAGGCUCGUCUGCUUUGCAGAAACUAUUUUGAGGCUGUCAAGGAACCACACCUUGAGAUCAUCGCUGUCAAGCAGCAGACCCUUGACAUACUUGAUCUCAAGGCGCGGCUGCUUGACACACUUAUUCUGAAGACUCCGCUGCUUGACAGCAACUAUCUCAAGGUACGAACCCUUGACAGCAAAUAUCACAAGGCGCUGAUCCUUGACCGCAAGCUCCUCAAGGCUCGGCUGCUUGACAGAGCUGUUUUCAAGAUGCAACUCCUUAAGAGCAAGCAUCUCAAGGCUCGGCUGCUUGACAAGCGUGUUCUCAAGGCAUGGCUUCUUGACAUACCUCUUCUCAAGGCGCGAGACCUUGACAGCAAUAAUCUAAAGGCUCUCAAGGAACCACACCUUGAUAUCAUCGCUGUUAAGCAGCAGAGCCUUGACAUACGUGUUCUCAAGGCGCGAGAGCUUCACAGCAAAGACCUCAAGGCACAGCUCCUUGACAUACCUGUUCUGAAGCAGCCGUUCCUUGUCAGCGACUAUCUCAAGGCACCACUCCUUCCCAACCAAAAAUCUUCCAGAAUUCUGUAUUCAACGUGUUUUGGUCCGUUCCGGAAUCAUGGUGGCCGUCGUGUUCGUUGCGGAAAGUGUUCCAACCUUCGGCCCGCUUCUCGAUCUUGUCGGAGGCUCCACUUUAACCCUAACCUCCGUAAUUCUACCCUGUCUAUUCUUCCUAUACUUGGAAGCACACAGGAAAAAAGAGGAGCAAUUGGGGCUGAAAGGAACACCGCCAGUUUGUAUCAAAGAGGUUUGGGCUUAUAACAAUCAGACGACUCUCGUGAUUUGUUGUACGAUUAUUGUGAUUGGAUUGAUUGGUGGAGGAUGUGCCACGUUUUCGGCGAUUGUUGAAUUGACUUCUACACAAUUUAAUAUGCCGUGUUAUGUUGCGCCGUUCUUACAUGUGAGUUGGGGGAAGACAGCUAGGGUAUGCUAGAGACGCAGAGGGAACUGCACUCGAGAUUCAUAGAGCUAGAGAGUACGGGUUGUCAGAGACGCAGAGGGACCUACACUCGCUCCGCUCGAGGCCGCUUCGCGGAAGAAUCCGGGGCGCUUCGCGCAAGAUUGCUAGAGAGCAGAGAGGCUAGACGGACAGAGAGCAUAGGGAGGUUAGAGACGCAGAGUGUCAGAGACGCUGAAGGAACUACACUCGAGAUGCAUAGAGCUAGAGAGUACGGGUUGUCAGAGACGCAGGGGGCUAGACUAGGCUAGGCAGCUAGAGAACAUAGGAGAGUUAGAGACGUAGAGGAUUACACACUAACCUAAGCCUGGACUGAGCUUAACCUAAGCCUAACUUAAGCCAAACCUAAGCCAAAUCUAGACAGCUAGAGAACAUAGGGAUGUCAGAGACGCAGAGGGGCUAGACAGCUAGAGAAUGCAGAGGGACAUACUCGCUCCGCUCGAGCCGCUGCGCGGAAGCUUGCGGCAGACAGCUAGAGAACAUAAGAAAGUUAGAGACGCAGAGAGGAUAGACAGCUAGAGAUCACUAGGUGUCAGAGACGCAGAGGGAUACACACUCUAACUUAAGCCAAACCUAGACAGCUAGAGAAAAUAGGAAGGUCAGAGACGCAGAGAGGGCAGUUAGAGAGUACAGGAUUUCAAGAGAGUGCAGAGAAACUGGUUAGAGACGCAGAUAAGUUAGGUUAGAGAGGCAGAGAAGAUAGCAUAGGGAUCAGAGAGAGUGCAGAGAAGCUAGAGAGAUAGAGAACAUAGAAGAGUUAGAGACGCAGAGAGGCUAGACAACUAGAAUUGUCAGAGACGCAGAGGGACCUACACUCGCUCCGCUCGAGGCCGCUUACGCGGAAGAUCGCUGGCCGCUACGCGGAACCUUCCGGAAAUCAAUUUUUCCGUUUCCAGAAAUCCGCCACCAACACCUCAACAGCUCAAACCAAUUGUUGCGGACCAUUGCAGGACAUUUCGAUUUUCAACAACACGGCACUUUGUAGUCCAACACAAUUGAAUUUCUAUAAUUAG